CUAAUCUAAUAUAAACAUUGAAAUGAUUCAGUAGAUUCAAAUGUCAGAUGAAGCUGAAAAUAGACAAUUGGUUGAUGCAAUAGUUGAAUUUUUAAGGGGUGAGCUUAACAGCAGGGAUGACUUGACUUCUGAAGACAGAGAUAGCUUGGAUAUUGCAAUAGAGUGUCUAGAAAUAGCUUACGGAUUAGAAAGUCACAACCCCAGAAAUCGAAGAGUUCGUCGACCGCUAAUUGACGUGUUUAAUCAAAUUAUUCACCCACCCACAGUUAAAGAUCGACUGCAGGCUGAACGGUUGAAGAAUGAAGGCAAUGAGAAAAUGGCUGAACACCAUUACGCAGAAGCCGUUGCAGCUUACACACAAGCGAUUGAACUUGAUAAAUGGAAUGCAAUAUACUUCUGCAAUCGUGCUGGAGCAAACAUAGCUUUGCAGAAUUACCACGAUGCAAUCGAGGAUUGCAAGGAGGCGUUGGCUCUAAAUCCAGAUUAUGCUAAGGCCUUUGGUAGAAUGGGUCAAGCUUACGCUAUGAUGGAACAACCGAGGAAAGCUUUAAGGUGCUUUCAACAAGCCGUACAAUUAGAGCCAGACAAUGAAAGAUAUUUGCACAAUCUGAGAACAGCAGAAAGUCAAGCUGCCACCAUUCCCCCAAGAACUCAAAUGUCUCAAAAUAUUUUAAAUUCGUUUCUGGUUACCCCAAAUCAUCAGCCUUCAAGUGGUACUCUUACGAUCAUUACCGAGAUAGCACAAACAAAUAGCGAUAAUUCCUCUACAGAAACGCAUCAACACAACGAAACUCUUCAAUCUGAUUUGUGUGGCGAAGCACAAGCAGAGUCAGAAACGCAGCCAAAUAAUUCCCAGACGCAGAAUAUAUUGCAUCUUGCGCUACCACUUAUAUUGGGUAUUUUGGGACAUUUAAGUGAAGAUUCCUCUAAUGAAAAUGAAAAUAUCGAAAGAAGGUCGGAGGAAAAUUUCCGACAAAUGAAUCCAGAAACUCGUCUCUUUAGCUUUGCUCCACCUAGCGAGACAAAUGAAAAUAAUGCCAAUACAUUAGAAACAUCCAAUUUUGAUUCUAGCUACUGCAAUAGUGUUGGCGCAGAUGUCCAAGCGACUAAUAACAGUGAGAUUAUUAAACAGGAAUCUGAAACAGAAAAGCCUAAUUUUUACCAUUUUCCAUCAAUUGGGAAAAACGAAACUGAAAUGGUUGAAAAAAUGGAAAGUCCGGGAUUAAAAGCAACUCAGUCUGGUACUAACAUUGAAAAACAUGAACAGAAAUCUAAAAAUGCAUCUGAUGUAAAUAGACUAGAAAAUACUGGAAUCACAGAUUUAGAAGAUAGUUUACAAAUAGACUCUGAUGCAUCAAUUGAAACGACUGGUGCAAAUGCGACAAGUGUCGCUAACUCUGAAGUGCACACGCAUUCAGACACGCCAACUCAGAAAAAUGGAAUAUAAAUGUGCGCUUCAUGCAACAUAGAGUCUUGUUUAGAAUAAUUUGGAGUCUAGUUUUACAUUAGAGAUCUGCAUUUUAAAAUAAA